AUGACAGACAUUGCAGAAAGGAUAGCGGCAGCACGAAAAGAGGCCGAAACUUUAAAGGAAAAAAUCAAGAUGAAAAGAGAUGCCUUGGCCGACACCUCACUAAGGUCAAUGGCCAACGAGAUCGAUGCUCUACCCAGAAUUGUAAUGAAAGUUCGUCGCACGCUUAAAGGUCACUUGGCAAAAAUCUAUGCAAUGCAUUGGGCGUCCGAUAAACGUCAUCUUGUUUCUGCCUCACAAGACGGAAAGCUUAUCGUGUGGGAUGCACCCACAACUAAUAAAGUACAUGCUAUUCCACUUCGGUCGUCAUGGGUGAUGACCUGUGCUUAUGCACCGUCCGGUCAUUUUGUAGCCUGUGGUGGUCUGGAUAAUAUCUGUUCGAUUUAUAAUCUUAAGACAAGAGAAGGCUCGGUUAAAGUUGCUCGAGAACUGAGUGCACAUACUGGAUACCUAUCUUGUUGUCGAUUCCUGAAUGAUAAACAAAUCCUAACGUCCUCUGGUGAUAUGACUUGUAUGCUUUGGGAUAUUGACGCGGGAAUGAAAUUAUUAGAAUUCAGUGAUCAUACUGGUGAUGUGAUGAGUCUAUCGGUUGCGCCAAAUCAACAAAUUUUCGUGUCUGGUGCGUGUGAUGCAACAGCAAAAGUUUGGGAUAUUCGAAGUGGACGCUGUGUACAAACAUUCACCGGCCAUGAAUCUGAUAUUAAUGCAGUACAAUUUUUCCCAAACGGUGAUGCAUUUGGAACUGGAUCCGAUGAUGCAUCAUGUCGACUAUUUGAUCUUCGAGCUGAUCGAGAACUGAAUCAUUACUCACAUGAUCACAUUCUUUGUGGUAUUACCUCAGUUGCAUUUUCCAUUUCUGGGCGUCUUCUUUUUGCAGGCUAUGACGAUUUCAAUUGCUACGUCUGGGAUACGCUAAAAGGGGAACGUGUUGGUGUACUAGCUGCACACGAGAAUCGUGUGAGUUGUUUGGGUGUUUCUAGUGAUGGUAUGGCUUUGUGUACAGGAAGUUGGGAUUCUUUGUUGAGGCAUAACGAUAAAAUACCACAACAAAAGAAGAUGUUUGUAUAUGCCAUUCAGCAUACAGAAUUAAUAAACCAACUUGGUUAUACACGACAUUGA